ACCCUAAAAGAAAUAAAGAGAUGGGCGUUAAUAUCUUUGCCAAACAUGCCACUUUUGUCAUUUUAAUUCUUAUGAUCCAGUUAUUCUGCUCACAACUUGCCAGAUCUCCAAAUUUCCAAUCAAUAUCUUCUACAGUUACGUCCAAAUUUGAUCUCUGUGUUCCAAUAAAAACACGUCUACAGAGUUCUUGCUGUUUACGCACAACAGGUGUUUGACAAAAUGCCUGAGUGAGAAUUCUCGUCCAAUGAAUUGAUCCUUUGUGGGUAUUGUUCAUAACAAUCUGAAUCGUUCAAAACCCUAACCAAUUUCAAGAAUCAGCAGUAGAAAAAGGGGAUAUAGGAUUAUGGCAGUGCCGUGGAGUGUGUCACUGUGGAUGGCGAAUAUGGUGUGGUUGGCGAUUAGUGGUUGGGUUAUUUCUUGCUUAACUGUUGCUGAUGAGAUCGCCGGUUCGAUUCGGACCGGUGAUAUCGGUCCGUUUCAUGUCGGCUAGGUUCUUAUUUGCUACCGGUUUUAAUUUUGUGCAGCUAUAAGUUCUGAGCUUUAUUCAGCAUGAUCUUGUGCAUAUAUGAAUUGGAGAAGAUGUAUGACAUAUGCAGUUUCAGUACAUUGGCUGUAGUUAUAUCCAGUUACGGAGGGCAAUUUCCGACACGACAUGAAAACAAACAGGUUUUGGACUGCCAUAUCUAACCUGUUUAAUAAACGAAUUGUGUUCGGGUCAACCUUUAUAACUAAGCAGGUCGACUCACCAACUCCUUUAAUUCAACAUGUCAUCCCGCUAACAUGCUUAUGGCCGGUUUAACUCUUUCUUUACGACUUGAUUACUUCCCGCCAACCAUAUUGACGAGUUUAUAUAAUCAGGUUAAACGGGUUGUGUUCGGUUACUUGAUUUUAAGUGUGUGCAUAUUAGAGUUGAUGUUUUAUAUAUGAAAAAAAUAUGGGUUAUGUUUGGGUUUAACAACUCAACCUGUCAAUUGCAUGACACCCCUGUUUCCAGACACACCCUUGAUGCGCUACAGUUAUCGUCCUCAAAAUUACUCAGACACUAAUAUCAACUUUCAUUU